UUUCAAAAUCGUUCGUUGCAAAAUUCUGUAGUCUGUAGUUUAAUAAAAUAGGCAAAAUGUGCGACAACUUAAAAGCGGACCGCAUUCGGUGCGAGGCCUGCCGUACCAUCAACCUGGCGAAGCAAAUCCGCCAGCAGAAACCUGAUAUGCAGAUCUACGACAAGUGCACUCCAGCAGCGAAGAUCGACUGCUCACGGAUACCUGAAAUGGCGAUAAACCCAACAUGCAUCAAGGUAUGCACUCGCGAAGAGUACAAACUGCGGAAAAGCGGGAAAAAACUAACAAUGCCCAAAAUGCCUUUGCCUUACGGGCACGGAAAACUAAUGUACGCCGUCAAAGCUGGCCUCCUGGUAGGCGCUGUUUACUUCACGUACACGCAGGGAGUGUGGGGCGACCAGCAAGACGUCACAGAGUGCAUUCGCCGCUGGCAGGAAUACCUUCGCAGCAUCAACACUAGACGCCCACCCACCUUCGACCAGCGCGGAUGCGUUGUCAAAAAAGAUAACAAUGAAAGCCUCCUCGCUCCGUUAUACAUGCUGUACAAAGAUAUAGUGACUUCCUGUUUUUCAGGUGUCGUGAAAGUCCCCCUGCUCGUGAAAUGUGCCUACGUAGACUAUUUGAAGGCGCUUGAGAGAAAAGAGGCCGAAGCUGCUCUAGAAAGGAAGAUUAAGAAGAGAGGUUAAAACACAUUAAAAAAACAUACUAUUCGAUAAACUUUUGAUUAAAAAAAAUGUUGCUUGCCUAACCCACUAUUGGGAGAUUGAAAAACAGACGAACAAAAUUACACAUCGUUUUUUCAGGGUUGAAAAUAGCCUAAAACUUUUACAUUCUAUUAACAGGCGAGUUCUUAAUCGAAUUUUCAGGAAAUUCGUCUUAUGAAAAGAUUAGCCAUGUGAUUUUAUUGACUAGCAGACAUCUACAAUACCAUUCUAAAAGACUUGUCAAACCUUAUCCUUUUGGGUAUCAAAUAGUAAUUAAGAAACCAAACUCUACAUUUGAAUUCAAUAUUAAUUUUAUUUGUUGUUUACGUAAC